AGAGAGAGCCGGCCCCCGGGCCCGGCGGCGCUCGGCGCGGCCCAGCGGGGCGCGAUGGAGGAGGGCGAGGAGGAGGAGGAGGAACAUGCGUUACAGCGGAAGAUGCACCUCUUCCAGUGCUGGAGCGUCCAAGAGUCCAUUGCUCGCUUCUGGCAAUUUCUGCGGCUGCAAGACGAUCAGCUGGCCAUGGACGGGUACGUGGAGUUGAACCUCCUCUUCCAGAAAGCCCUUGGGGAGGACUUCCUGCUGGAGCGCGCCAUCGACUCUGCGGUGGGGGACUGGAGCGAGGAUGUGCAGCCGGGUCAGCAGGCGAUGACACAAGAGGAGUUCGCCAUGUUCCUCUUCGAGCUGUGCACUCUUUGGUGCGGUCCCCAUGUCUCCCUGCACGUCUACUUGCUCUUCCUGUGCACGGCCUUCCUCGCGGUCACGGACCACUCCGGAGCGUUCACCCUGGGCAUGAAGCGACUGGAGGACGUGGAGCGUUUGCCGGAGACCUUCUUCGAGCUGCUGAACCUGCAAGGUUGGAGGGGCCAGCCGGCGCCCGAGGCCGCCACCCUGGCAGCGUGGCUUCGGGCCAAUGUCAGCACAGAAGCGCAGCAGGCAGCAGUGCAGCACGUGCAGCGACAGGUCUUCCAGCUGACCCACGAUGCCCGCGCCGCCUUCCUCUUCCAAAGCGAGGAGAACCCGCCUGGUGCGCAGCUGCUGGACUUGGUCAAGUCUUCCACGCAGCAGCUCGCGAAGAUCAGCAAGAGCACUUUGCCCACCGUGGUGGAUGCGCCGGCCAAGCCAGGCACACGGAAGGUGGAGGUGUCACCGCCGGAGGUGUCGGCGCUGGCAUUGCGAAGCCGCGCGCGCAGUCAGCCUCCCCAGGGGCCUUGGCCAGAGCCAAAGCCGGCGGUGGAGGCGCUGCCCGUGGGUCGUCUUUAUGACACCGAGCUCGUGCAGUACCAGGGCCGCGGCCUGGGCCUCGCGGGGCAGCAGGCGGUGCUCACGCGGCGCAUGCCGCGGUCCAUCGUCACCGCCAGCUCCGCUGAAGGCUACUACACUCGAGGCUGCUUCAGCCGGCUGAGGACCUCGCAGUCCUCUAUGGGACCGUCAAUGUCUGGGCCAAGCCAAGAUCUUGGCGCCUACGACUCACAGUCGCAAGGCUUCAGCCUGCCCAGCGUGCCCACCACCGCGCCCUCGAAGCCGCCCACGGCGCCCGGGCUCUUCGCUUCGGAAGAGGUCAGGCGCGCAGCAUCACCUGCGCAGGAGGAGCCCACGGAGGAGUACCUGUGGCCAGAAGACGAGGUGAUCGCCUUUCUGGAAUCGCCCGCGCUGCCGCCCUACAAGAUGCCAAAGCGACCGCCGGAGGUGUACCGGAAGCAGGCGGAGCCGCAUAUGAAGGGCCAGCCCAGCUGGCAGGUCUUUGAGGCGCAGAAGUACCAGUCGGGCCAAGUGCUGGCGCCCCCCUUCGCGCGAGUGCUGCGGAAGCUCCCUGAGGAGAUCCGGCCUGGCCUGGACCAGCAACCUCCGGGACCGCUGGCGCAUCCUUCGGAGCCCGUGUGGCACCAGAUGCAGCAUAGACUGGAGGUCAUCCUCCGGAAGCAAGGCCGCCGCGCGGAGCGGCGGAGGAAGCGGCGCCUGCGGCAGCGUAUGGGCAAAGCGCCCAAGCCCAGCCAAGGCCGGAAACUGCGGGAGUACUUGGAUCGGGCCUUUGCGGAGGAGGAGAUCCCAGGGGAUGCGAGUGGAGAGUUCCUCGCGAAGGUGCAAGAGCGGCGCAUCCAGGAGAGAGCCCGGGCAGAGGAGCGUGCGCAGGCGCGUGGCGAGAGCCAGCUCCGGAAGGUGCUGCGUCCCGUAUAUGUGCCGCCACCUGGGGCGACGGUGCUGGGGCCUUGAGAGGCCCCGGGCCCCGGGUUUGGCGCGCCCGGCUUGCAUCUCAUCUAGGUCCCCCAGUGCCCGUUCUCAGCCCUUUUUUGGGAGGCUUCCCC